AUGCCUGCUGCUGGCACGCAUGCCGCGAUCUCAACUUCGUAUUCUGGAUACGACCUCACCGCCAAGUCUCAUGUUUUGGCUGGUGUUCAGGACGCGUAUUGGAGUGACGACGAAGCUGAAGACUCUGAAUGCCCCCUUUGCCUGGAAGAAAUGGACCUUUCCGACAUCAACUUCAAGCCUUGUCCAUGUGGCUACCAGAUAUGUCGAUUUUGCUGGCACCACAUCAGGCAGAAUCUGAAUGGAAGAUGUCCAGCAUGUCGAAGAACAUAUACAGAGGAGCAAGUAGUAUUCACGCCCAUUAGUUCCGAAGAUCAGAAACGUCUCAAUCAGCAGAAGCGUAUUCGAGAACGUCAAAAGAAGGAGCUUGAGAAUCUCAAACGUAGCCACUUUGCUAACGUCAGAAUCGUUCAACGGAACUUGGUCUACGUUACUGGACUAGGUCCCCGCUUUGCUAAGGAGGAGCUAUUACCUACUCUUCGAUCCACUGAGUACUUUGGAAAGUAUGGGAAGAUUAACAGAAUCGUUUUGGUGAAGCGGACAGUAUCUUCCUCUGAUACACUUAUCAUGGGUCUCUACAUUACCUACAACCGCCGUGAAGACGCCGCGCGUGCCAUUUCGGCUGUGGACGGAACACCAUCUCCUGGUGGUGACGGAGAAGUCCUCAGGGCAAGUUAUGGGACAACGAAAUACUGCAUGAGUUUUCUUCGCAGUGUCCCUUGCAUGAACCAAGGUUGUUUGGACCUGCACGAAUGGGGUGAUGAGAGGGACUGCUUUACCAAGGAGGAUCUCACCACUUUAAAACACACUAUGAAAGACACAGAGAACAGACCAAACAUGCCAUCGACGAGCCGCAGAGACGGUGACCCUGACGGUCAGUCCGUAGAUCCCAGUUUUCCGCCUCUCAAUGGUGCUGAGGAUGGCUAUGGAUCAGGCCCCGCGUUACCGAGAUCCGCUCAAUGGGGCCAAAAGAGUGGCACGCCUCAGUCCACACACGCCGCACCAAACCCCCUGCCCACCACUGGGAGGUUGGUGAAGUCAGCAAGGACGAGGAACGGUCCACCUUACCCUUCUAGGAAUAUGGAGCCACUGCGAUCGUCGCAUUCACGCAGUUAUGGACUGGACAAGAAGACUACCUACUUUUCGGACUCGGCUUCCCGGCCUUCAACGCCAGGCAUUGCUUCCUUGCCCCCAAAGCCAGCUGGCGCAUCGGAGUCGUUAGAAGGGAUCUCCGACGGUCCUGCUUCCACGUCUCCUGUCCCAAUGUCUAAGAAACCCAUUAAAGAUCGCUCAACCCCGUCUCACAGUCGCAAACAGAAAUCAUUGGAGAGGGUUUCUACUGCUGCUGAAAUCAAAGCCGUCCCGCCGCAAACUGCUGCCUCAGAACAGGAGCCUAAUAGCCAUAGUAAUGCGUCCGACACUGUUACGUCUCCCAAACCCAUUGAUGAUCGAGGGGCCCAAGAUAUCCGCUCUGAAUCUGUACCACCACUCUCACCCUCAUCAACCGCUGCCGAUAGUACUCCAUCAAAUUUCACUCCACCACCUCCGGGAUUGACGUUACCUCCAGUUCAAUCAUCUUAUCAGCUUUCGAAUCAAGCGAAAGCGUUAAUGGAUGAUGUGAUCAAUCGACGACAACUAGGCGCCAACGAGGCUUUCGAAAGUCCGUUCCCUGAUUUUGAUCGAACACUCUCAAAUCUUGGUGAUGGUUCCUUUAGUUUCAAUCUUUCGUUGGAUCCAAAGAUGGCCACUAAAUUGCAAGACACGCCUUCUGAUCCAAAUUUCGGGCCUGGGAUUGUCGGUCCCUUCGGGUUGGGUGCUCGAACACUGUCAGAAUACGGAUCGGCGCCUGCCGGAUCCCCCCCUUAUCAGCUCACAUCCUCGUCAUCCUCACAUACUAACCCUUUCAACCCUUCCCCCUCGGAUCUUGACAGUCAUUUAAAGACUUCAUCGUACGCCGGAUCCUUCGAUCCUUUCUCUGAAGCAUCUUCGAACUCAAGCCCUGUGGCGCGCUCACAACCAUCACCCUUUGACGACGACCCAUUGAGACGCGGAUCAAAGUUCGGAUUCGCGCGCAAAGAUCAGAACUCCCAGUCGAAUGGUUUUAGUAGUUCAACCUCAUCCCCACUCCGAUACACAGACGCUCUUCCUGCUAUUCCUUUGUACAACUCGACAAAUGGCGUAUCACCAAAGCCGAAUCAUCAACAGUCACAACCCUGGAUGUACCAGCAGCGCCAACUCGAGUUCAAUCAGUCCCAGCAGCAGGCACUGCCGCCUCCCCCCGGAAUGCUGCAUCCGUAUCUGUCUCAGUCUAAGCCAAGUCCUCACAUGGCUUACCAAACUUACAACCAAGCCCCUCAACAACUUCCACAUCAACAAUUUUCUCCGUUUGAUGGACCAGUUAAUCGGGACGGAAUGGGCCUUGAUGGCGCUCUGAACCUCAAAGACCUCCUAAACUUGGGCAAUCGCCCAGUCGAGGUGCAACGACAGAGAGCUGGAGCCCAGCAAGGCUUCCCUGCUCAAAACAUUGUUGAUACUGCCAUAAUGUCUAUGCGACUUGGACCCUCUUACAGAGAAAGUCAAUUCCCUAUUACGAAUGGGAUGCAACGCCCUCAGAUGGCUUUCCAAGGGCCACCCGGGCUUAAUCCGUCCGUACCUCCACCAAACCUCAAUCCUCAUGAUGGAAUAUCUUUCGAUUAUCGGAGCUCAAAUGUGUCGCGAGCUACCGCCUCACCGAACGCGGCUCAUGAACAAAUUUCAGUUGCCCCUUCCGAGCCUACUACGUUUUUCUCCGAGUCUGAUUUCCCCGCCUUACCUCCACCCUCUGAGCCUCAACUGCGUCGGCAACAUGCUCCACUCGCAAUACCCGCCACCACAACUCCAAAAGAGCUUCCUUCAGUCCUUACAUCUCCACCAUCCAGUAAGCGCACGAGCGCUCCCGCGAGUCCCAGUGACGGUGCAAGUAUUAGGAAGUUGCACGAGGGAGCUAAAUUGAAAGUCACUGAGAGUGAGGACAAGUUUCCUCCAACGGAAGCUUCUGAAGCCGCUGCUGCCCCUCCCAGUUCUACUGUUCCCUCUUGCUUGAUGCCUAAGGAUUUACCGCAACCGCUCCUUACAACGCCGUCCUCCAGAAAGGCUAAUAGGAAACCUGAUGAUGUCUCUUUGCUGAUUUCGCUUUCUUCCGUUACGAAGAAAGAGCAGACCAAAAGUAAAGAGAAAGUCACAGCAAACAACGAGAAGACUGAGGUUGGGAGUGACCUCACGCCUGAUCUGACAUCUGGUACAUCUCCAGUCAAGGAUGCCCCGCAAGAACAGGUAUCACCGAACACGGUAGAUGAACUCGCGGAAGACGAUCACGAUUUGUCCCAAAUUUUCGAAGGUGUAGAUCUCUCCUUACUGUCCUUCUUUGACGAGUCGAGCAUCUCCCCUUUCGUCAAAAUUCCUCUCAAUUAUGGCCCCCUAGUCUAUGCACUAUCCACCCUUUCAGAAGGUGGAGAGUUUGGGUCCCAAGUGUUGGCAGUGAGCACCAUCGACUCAGCCGUUGUCUCGUUCAAGCAACUCCUCGAGACCCUGACCCAAAACAUCUCUGAUCUCGUUCGACUGUUUCCCCGCACAUCUUCGGGAGAUUCCACGCCAUUCGAUGGUGUUCUUCGUGAUAUGCUCAAGUCCGAGGAGUUCUUUGACGAGGUCCCGCCUCUUGAUAUAAGCCCCGACUCAGCUCGAAACGGGGGCCAAACUGAAGAAAUGCAUGCCCUGACCUUGUCAUUGGAAAAGCGAGCACGGUGGAUGGAGAUACAGCUCGAGAAACUCGAGGGACUGCACCGCGAUAUCAACAAUGCGGCGACUCAUAGCACGAUGAAUGAUCGCGGGUGGGACCGGCGCGGUCUAUUGCCCCGCAGGAGGGGUUUGUUUCCUAGGCUGGAGGAUGUCGGAAUGGUCGAACUGAAGGGUGUGAUGAGGAAUUUGACUUUGGAGGAAUUGGAGAGAGAGCUGGUGUUGGCGAACGGGGCGUCUGCAACGCUUGAAACGGAACUUCGUCAGGCAAUGAAAAAGAGUCAAGUAGUCCUGCCCACUCUCGUCUGA